CCCCAGCGAAGAAGAAGCAGAACAAACACACUAGCGUUAGCUCGCAGUGAAACAACGAGUUACGAAUAAAUGUUGAGAUUUGACACGGCGUUCUUUUGAGACAUAAGACAGGGGAAGCAUACGGUCACUGCGGCCGGCAGGUCAUGCAGCUCUCCACAAGGUAAUGAGCCGUAAAGCCUUGCGGUCUCGGCUCAGCGGCGCCCACAAACUGCAGCCUCACCGGAAUGACUGGCAGCCCAGCCAGGACGAAGUGAACACUCAAGACCUUGGCUCACCAGCCUUUUAUGGCACUUUGCCCUCCAGCUGCCCUGACCAGCCGGCCGUGCCCAGCGAUGCCUUCGCUGCUGCUGAUGCACUUCAGGACGAUGGUGGAUAUGAAGCUGGUCCAGGUGUCUGUGAUACUACUUUUGGUUGGAAGUCGCUGGGGCAAGAGUUGAGGCCCAAUGACGUGACGCCGGAUUCAAGCCCUUUUCAGCAUGGAAACCGUGCUUUAGCUUCAAAGGACAUGAGGAAAUCGCAGGAACGAGGGAUGGCUCACUCGGAGGAGUCCCGUCUGGCCAACCUCCUGCGGCGCGUCUCCAGGGAGGACGACCGUGACCGCAGGCUGGCCACCCUCAAACAGCUGAAGGAAUUAAUCAGCCACAGCGAGAGCAAAGUGACCCUGAUCAAACAGUUGGACACGAUCCUCAACACCUUGAAUGACAUUUUAAACGAAAGCAGCAAGCUGCUGUGGGAGCUGCGCCAGGACGCGGCGGCCUGUCUGGGUCUGCUGUGUUCAGUGCUCAGCUACGAGGCCGAGCGCAUCUUCAAGUGGAUCUUCCUCAAGUUCUCGUCGUGCAGCCGUGACGAAGUGAAACUUUUGUAUCUGGUGGCGACGCAGCGAGCAUUGGAGGCUGCUGGAGAGAGGAAGUCUUUCUCGUCAGUCAUGCAGCUGGUGAUGGGCAAGCUGCAGUCCAUCCUGGAGAGAGUGGGCACACCGGAGCUGCUCUGUCAGAGCGUGAAAUGCAUUCUUCAAGUGGCUCGCAGUUACCCACACGUGUUCAGCACCAACUUCAGAGACACUGUGGACAUUCUGGUGGGCUGGCACAUCGACCACACGCAGAAGCAGUCGCUCACUCAGCAGGUGUCAGUCUGGUUACAGAGUCUGGAGCAGUUCUGGGUGGCAGAUCUGAGCUUCUCCACCACCCUGCUGGGUCAGUUCCUGGAGGACAUGGAGGCUUACGCUGAGGACCUGAGCCACGUGGUGUCCGGUGAAGCGAUGGACGAGGACAUCCCUUCUCCGUCUGUCUUGCUGCCGAAGCUAGCUGCUCUGCUGAGGGUUUUUAGCACAGUCGUCCGCAGCAUUGGGGAGCUGUUCAGCCCGGUCAGAGGACCCCCCAUCACUGAGGCCUACGUGACUGAUGUUCUGAACCGUGUGCUGAGCUGCGUGACCACCGCCAAGCAAGUGCAAUUCUCUGAGGCCGUUCUCACUGCUGGCAACGAGUGUGUGGGAGUCCUGCUGGCCAGCAUGGAGCCCACCGGGCAGCUGAUGGAAGCCGUCCUGGACUACGGUUUGGACCAGCUGGACUGUUGCCAAGUGUGCGGCACCGACUACAACCUAGCAGUGCUGAGACUCCUCACCCUGGUUGUGGACCAAAUUAACACAAAGCUGCCUGCGUCUUUUGUGGAGAAGUUGUUGGCACCAGACUCACAGUUAUUGGAGCUACGUUUUCACAGAGAGAGAGAAGUGAUGUCAGCUGUCUACGCCGUCUACCAGGCGCUUCUGGGUCUCAAGAACAUCCCCACUCUUGAGGCGGCUUAUAAAAUGGUGUUGGGUGAGAUGGUUUGUGCCCUGUCCAGCAUCGUAGAAACCCUGGAGCCCAUCAGUAAGAACCCUCCACCCACCAACCUCCUCCCCAGCAUCCAGCACCCGGUCUUCGCCACUCUAUCCAUCCCACUGGAAAAGGCCCAGUUCACCCUCAUCUUCGACCUGAGCACUCUUAUCACCAUCGGGAACACCAAGAACUCUCUCAUUGGCAUGUGGGCACUCUCUCCCACUGUCUUCUCACUGCUCAGUCACCACUUCACGUUGGUCCACUCUGACCUGGCCGUCUUCUAUCCUGCCAUCCAAUAUGCAGUCCUCUACACCCUCUACUCCCACUGCACCAGACACGACCACUUCAUCUCAUCCAGCCUGUCGUCCUCGUCCCCUUCGCUGUUCGACUGCGCUGUCAUCAGCACAGUCACCACAGCGACAAAGAAACACUUCAGCAUACUCCUCAACCUCUUGGGUGGUCUGCUGACGAAGGAGCAUCUUAACCCUGAGGCCAGGAAGCUGCUGCUCACCUGGGCUCAGGAGAUCUCUAUCCUGAUGAAGAAAUCAGAAACCUAUGGCCCUCUCUUCUCACUACCCUCGUUCAACAAGUUCUGCAGAGGGCUGCUGGCAAACGCUUUGAAUGAAGACCAGUCCAUCUGCCUUCAGACCUGCAGCAGCCUGCAAGUCCUCUCCUCAUCCCUCUCCACCGAGCUACUCCAGAGAUGUGUGGACGUGUGCCGGGUCCAGCUGGUCCACUCGGCGGUGAAGGUCCGACAGGCCUACGGGAAGCUCCUCAGGACCAUCCCACUUGAUGUGUCGCUCAGCAACCACAGUCACCCGGAGAUGAGUCAGAUCUCUCUUGCCAUCCGCCACCACAUGAGCCGAGCGCCCAGCAGCACCUUCCACCCGCAGGACUUCAGCGACCUCAUCAGCUUCAUCCUGUACGGAGUCUUGCAGCGAGGAGGCAAAGACCCGUGGUUGGAGCGACUGUACCACAGCUGCCAGCGGCUGGAGAAACGGGGCGGUGCAGACGGUGGGCGCUCUGGCAUGGUGCCGCGUGCGUUGCUGAAAACCGAAGUUGUGCUCUGGCAGUGGGCCGUGUGGGAGGCGGCACAGUUCACCGUCCUUUCCAAACUCCGAACUCCACUGGGGCGAGCCCAGGACACCUUCCAGACCAUCGAGGGAAUGAUCCGAAACCUAGCAGCUCUAAGUUUGAAUCCAGAGCAGGACGUGGGUGCAUGGGCCGGCCCUGGGGGGGACGGAGACGGUCACCACUCCAAUCAGCUCCGAUUGGCUCUGCUCCUGCAGUAUCUGGAGAACCUGGAGAAGCUAAUGUACAACGCGUACGAGGGCUGCGCCAAUGCUCUGACCGCCCCACCAAAGGGAAUCAGGACAUUCUUCUACACCAACCGUCAGACCUGCCAGGACUGGCUGACAAGAAUUCGUCUGGCCCUGAUGAGGGUCGGCCUCUUGUCCGGCCAACCAGCAGUGACCAUUCGCCACGGCUUUGACCUGCUGACGGAAAUCAAAAACAGCAGCACCCAGGGUCCAGAACUGGAGGUUCCCCUGACCUUGUUGGCAGAAGCUCUGUGUGAGCUACGCUGCCCUGAAGCCAUUCAGGGUCUGGCAGCCUGGUGUCUCAGCUCUACAGGGAGAAGUUUCAGCUGGUUGUCUUCGGUCGCUCUGCAGGCUGAGGGGCGAUACGAGAAGGCUGCACUGGACUAUCAAGACCAGCUCUCAGCAGUCACAGGGGCCGACUGCAGCAUCAAAAGUUCUGAGUCUUACCUGCUGAAAAUCAACACCAGCAGCCCCAAACACUCCAGCAACGCAGGUGAGAACAGGAAGACUGUGCUGCUGAAGUCCAGCGAGUGUUCUCCAGAGGUGGUCAACCUCCUGGCCAACAAAACAUGCCAGUGCUACAUAGCGCUCUGUGACUGGGCCUCGGUGAAAGAGUGGCAGGCUGGCAUCAACGCUGUAAAGCAGAACUCCACCAGUCCCUUCAGCAUCAACCUGAGGGCAGACUUCAACUACAUCCAGGCCCUGAGUCGCUUUGAGGAAGGAGAUCUGGCCGAGUGUGGCGCUCAGCUGGAGCUGCUGCCCGGAGAAGACUACAACUCUCUUGCCAGCAGCAAGGACAAGCUCGAUCUGAAGAGGCUUCUGCCCUCUGUGAGUCCGGAUCCCACAGAGCUGCAGAGAGCCAUCGAGGUGCAGCUCCUGCGCAGUGCCGUCUGUGCCAUGACCAAAGCCGAGCAGGAGCAGAGGCCCACGGGCAGCCCAGACACGUUGGUGCGUUGCCUCAAACAAACAGGAAGAAUCUGUCUGGGGCCCCUCCGCCUCUCAACGCUCACGCUCUCUGGUGCUCUGCCCACAUUGCCCACCCUGCAGCUGCACUGCUCCGCCACAUUGGAGAACACACUCACCGGUCAAGAUGACUGUGUGGUCCCACUGCACAGUGAAGCUCUGAGCUCCUGCAAGCAGCAGGACGUACAACCUUUCCUCCAGGCGCUCAGAUACACCAUGUUCCAGAGGCAACUUCAGAACAAGCUCAGAGGCUCCUCUCCAUCCAUUGACGGACACCUGACGGAGCUGUGCCUGACCGCAGUCAAGUUUGCCAGGAAGAAGGGCAACAUCUCGCUGGCAUCACGCCUCCUUCGUCGGUGCAGUGACGGGACGCAGGAGGAGGAGGAGCAGAGCGACGACCUGGUCACGUCCUUCAACCGUCUCACCCUGGAGGGAACGUUGGGGGAGAAGUGGGGACCGGAGCUGCAGAUAGAAAAGGCAAAAGUUCUGAGGACUGCAGGCCAGUCAGUGAGUGCCAUGGAGAUGCUGAGCAAAGCAGCGCUGUCCUAUUGCUAUGUGGGGAAGAACGAAGGAGCCGCCUGUCGUUCGCUUCUGACGCUCUGCAAGUGGCUGCUGGCCGACUGGAAAGACAUGAUUCCUCAGCUCAAACAGGUUGCAAAGAAGGCAACGGCUGUGAACUCCUCGAAUGCCGUGGGCAACAUGUCGCCUCUAUGCCAGAACAUCACGGCUCUUCUGGAGCUUCCCCUGGUGGACCAGGGAAUCCCCCAUAUCGUGACUGAGACCUCAGUAAGUGUUGGCGUGGGGGAGCCCGACUUCGUCCUGGGCCAACUCUACCAGUUGUCCGCAAGCUUGGCUCCAGAGGUGGCCAAGUCCUGGGCAGCUCUUGCGAGCUGGGCCUACCGCUGGGGCAGGAAAGUAGUGGAUAACGCGAGUCAAGGGGAGGGUCUUCCUCUUCUGCCCGGUGAGAAGAAGGAGAUUGAGGAUCUUCUACCAGCAACCACCAGUCAAGAAGACAAGGACACCAUCUUCAGCAUCCUGGGGCAGGCCAUGUGUCGCCCCACGGGCAUCCAGGACGAGGACAUGGCCCUGCAGCAGGAGGAUGAGGAGGACGACAUGGUGGACGUGAUCUGGCGGCAACUGACCACCUCGUGCCCCUGGCUCGCCGACGCCGGUCAGUCAGUCGCUGAGGGUCUCAUCCGUGUCUGGAGAUGUGUGGUGGAUCGCAUCUUCGGCCUCUACAGGAUCUCCUGUCAGGCCUAUUUCACCUUCCUCAAGCUCAACGCUGGACAGGUGCCCAUUGACGAGGACGACCCCAAACUCCUGCUCUCCUGUCCAAACAACAAACAGAGCAAUGAUGAUGUGAUCGUAAUGGCGACCCUGCGUCUUCUUCGUCUGCUGGUGAAACACGCUGGAGAACUGAGGGAAGGGCUCGAGCUGGGCUUGGCCUCCACCCCGACUGCUCCGUGGAGAGGUAUCACCCCGCAGCUGUUUUCCCGCCUCAAUCAUCCGGAGGCGUACAUCCGACAGAGCAUCUGCAGCCUUCUGUGCAGGGUCGCUCAAGACUCCCCCCAUCUGAUCCUCUACCCCGCCAUUGUGGGCUCACUGUCCCUCGGAGGUGAAGCUCAAAACUCAGGGAGCAAACUGCCGUCUGCACUGCCCACUUUCCUGGGCAGCAUGCAGGGGGAGGGGCUUGAUGUGGAGGAAGCAGAUGGGCACCCUGAGAGCGGCACCCAAGGGGAGGUUUCUGAUGACCUGGCGACCUUCUGUUCCAGUCAAGACCAGGCCAUGAUGCAGGACUGCUACAGCAAGAUUGUAGAGAAGCUGUCCCUGGCCAACCCCACCAUGGUGCUGCAGGUCCAGCAGCUUGUGGGCGAGUUGCGCAGGGUGACGCUGCUGUGGGACGAGCUGUGGCUCGGCGUGCUGCAGCAGCAGCACAUGCACGUCCUGAGACGGAUCCAGCAGCUGGAGGACGAGGUGAAGAGGGUGCAGAACAACAACACGCUCCGCAGGGACGAGAAGAUCGCCAUCAUGCGAGAAAAACACUCUGCUCUCAUGCGGCCGGUGGUUUUCGCCCUGGAGCAUGUCUGCAGCAUCACAGCGGCUCCAGCAGAGACCCCACACGAGACCUGGUUCCAGCAGACGUACGGCGACAGCAUCAACUCCGCCAUCGAGCGGCUGAAGAACCCCCAUAACCCCGCCAACCCGGCGAGCAGCUGGCUUCCCUUCAAGCAGAUCAUGAUCAGCCUGCAGCAGCGAGCUCAGAAGCGAGCCAGCUACCUGCUUCACUUGGAUGAGAUAAGUCCUCAUCUGGCAGCCAUGAGAGCCACCGAGAUGGCGCUGCCCGGUGUGGUGUCGGCCUCAGACACCGUCACCAUCCAGAGUGUCGGCAACACCAUCACCAUCCUGCCCACCAAGACCAAACCCAAGAAGCUCUUCUUCCAGGGAUCUGAUGGACGCCACUACCCAUACCUCUUCAAAGGUCUGGAAGAUCUGCACCUAGAUGAGCGCAUCAUGCAGUUCCUGUCCAUCGUCAACACCAUGUUCACCAAGAUCAACCAGCAGGAGCAGCCACGCUUCCACGCCCGGCACUAUUCUGUUACUCCUCUGGGAACCCGCUCGGGCCUGAUCCAGUGGGUGGACGGAGCCACGCCUUUGUUUGGACUCUACAAGCGCUGGCAGCAGCGAGACGCUGUGCUGCAGGCCCAGAAGGCCCAAGACUCGUUCCAACAGCAGCCAGUUCCUCUGGUGCCGCGGCCCAGCGAGCUCUACUACAGCCGCAUCGGUCCAGCUUUGAAGGCCGUAGGCCUGAGUCUGGACGUGACGCGGCGAGACUGGCCUCUGAGUGUAAUGAAGGACGUGCUGAAAGAACUCAUGGAGGCAACGCCGUCCAAUCUGCUGGCCAAAGAGCUGUGGUGCUCAUGCACAACGCCCAGCGAGUGGUGGCGAGUCACUCAGUCCUACGCCAGGUCCACCGCUGUCAUGUCCAUGGUUGGCUACAUCAUUGGCCUCGGUGACCGUCACCUUGACAAUGUCCUGAUCGACAUGACCAGUGGGGAGGUGGUGCACAUCGACUACAACGUCUGCUUUGAAAAAGGAAAAAGCUUGCGAGUGCCGGAGAAGGUCCCGUUUAGGAUGACUCACAACAUUGAGACGGCGCUGGGAGUCACAGGGGUGGAGGGAAUCUUCCGCCUGUCCUGUGAGCAGGUUGUUCAGAUGAUGCGUCGGGGGAGAGAGACCCUGCUGACCCUGCUGGAGGCCUUCGUGUACGACCCACUGGUGGACUGGACCGCUGGUGGGGAGGUGGGCUUCGCCGGCGCGGUCUAUGGAGGAGGAGGUCAACAAGCGGACAGCAAGCAGAGCAAGCGAGAGAUGGAGCGAGAGAUCACACGCUCCCUGUUCUCCUCCAGAGUGGCUGAGAUCAAGGUGAACUGGUUCAAGAACCGUGACGAGAUGCUGGCGGUGCUGCCUCAAGUGGAGGACGCGGUGGACGAGUACCUGAUGCUGCAGGAGCUUCUGUGUCAGGGCGAGAAGCUGCAGGCCAAGCUGCAGGAGGAGAUCGCCUUCCUGGAGGGAGCCGAGAACCGCUCGGACCACCUGAUACUCAGCCUGGAGCAGAGGUACUCGGAGCACACGCAGCUUCAGUCUCGGCAGAGGACGGUGCAGGAGGCCAUUCAGGGAAAACUGGCCGACCUGGACCAGUGGCUGUCCCAGUACCAGGCAGCCUUCUCCAACCUGGAGGCCACGCAGCUGGCCAGUCUGCUGCAGGACAUCAGCAGCCCCAUAGACCUCGGUCCACCCAGCUACGUCCCAGCCACAGCCUUCCUGCAGAACGCAGGUCAGGCUCACCUCAUCAGUCAGUGUGAGACGCUGGAGGCAGAGAUGAGCGCUCUGCUGCAGCAACGGCGGGGAGCCCUGCGUGGCUGCCUGGAGCAGCUGCACAGCUACGCCACUGUGGCGUUGCUGUACCCCCGCAGCACCAUGCUGCGGCACCGCGCCCACCAGUGGAAGCUCUGGCUGGAGGAGAUGCUAAGAGACAUGACGGUGGAGCACUGCCAGAGUGUCUACCGACAGUACGAGGUCCUGUUCGCCCCUCAGUCCCCUGCUGCCACGUGUCAGUUCCUGUCCAACGUGGAGUUGACGCUUCAGCACCAAAUGGCCGACAACAACGAGCGGGUGAUGCUCCAGGCGGAGAGGCUGAAGGCGGAGGGCACCACGCCGGCCACCUGCGAGGAGCAGCUGCAGGAGAUCGAACACUGCAUCGCCGUCUUCCUGCGGGAGAACGGCGAGCCCGGCUCGCUGAGCCUGGCUGGGAUCAUCACUGCGGCAUUGGGCUCCCUCUGCAGGCGAAACUUGGUGAUGGAGGCGGCGGCCGCCAGCGCCGGCGAGCAGCUGGUAGACCUGAUGUCACGUGACGGCGCCUGGUUCCUGGAAGAGCUCUGCUGCAUGAUGGGGAACGUCAGCGCCCUGACCACGCUGCUGCAGCGCUGCCCCCUCCUGCCUCACGACCUGGACCUUCCGUCGCCGUCGGCAACCACACAGGCAGUCUACCUGUCCAACACUGUCUACACCUGCCUGCAGGAGCUGAACACCAACUUCCGGCAGAUCAUCUUCCCAGAGGCUCUGCGCUGUGUGGUGAAGGGGGAGCCCACGCUGGAGUCCAUGCUGGCAGAGCUGGAGCAGCUGGUGGAGCAGAGCUCUGAUGGACUGGGCCUGGAGGGCCUGAUGGACAGCUUGCAGGCCAGUGCUGGACUGGACCACGACGGACACAACCACUGCCUUGACACCACCAGGAUGCUGCGAGUUCAGUACUCUGAGCUCAUCCAGCCCCGCAGCAUGGACACGCCGGGCCAGGACACGCCCAAGAUGACGGCCGGCCAAAUGCUGCUGGUCGCCUUCGAUGGGAUGUUCACGCAGCUGGAGACGGCGUUCGGACAACUCACGGAGAAGCUGAGCUCGCUGGAGGUUCCUGCCGCCUGGAAGAAGGUGGACGUGAUGCGAGAGGCUCGUGCAGCCCAGCGCCACUUCUUCGACAGUCUGAGACAACGGCAGCUCAUGGAGGACAUCUUCUUCCUCAAGAGGCUGCAGACGGUGCGGGAGUUCUUCCGGAUGUGCGCCUCCUUUGCCCAAACCCUGGCAGCAGGGCCGAAUCCCGACGAGCUGAUGCCGUCCAACGGGCCGGUGGUGGCUCUGGGGAAGCCUCUGUUCCGACACAUGAACUCAGUGGCUCCCAGCGUGGCCAUGGUCAACGAGGAUCAGAUGACUCGACCCAUCAAGGCCUUCACCGCUGAGUUUGUGUGGCAGAUGCUGAUGGGUCUGCCCAGCCAGACCAUGAGCCUGGCCAUCUGCAGCACACUGUCGGCCCUCGGCCUGGACGUCGUCGCCCAGGUGGAGGCCAAGGACUUUGGCGCCGAGAGCAAGGUGUCUCUGGACGAGCUGUGUAAGAAGGCGACGGAGCAGAGCCUGGCGUCCGGCCGCGUCUCCCAGCUGCUGCUGAACCGAGCCACCGUGCUGGCUGCGUCCUACGACACCGCCUGGAAGAAGCUGGACCUGCUGAGGAGGCUGGACACCAACCUGGACGCUGCCAAGGCCAGUCUGCAGAGGAGCCAGCUGCACAUCGCCAUGUUCCAGUGGCAGCAUGAGGACGUUCUGGGUCCCAACAACCAGACGCUGAGUGUCAGCAUCCCUCCUCGCUCGGUCAUCCUCAGCAACAUGAAGAAGAAGCUGUACAAGCUGAGCCAGGACGAGGGCGCCAUCGUGGCCAUCCAGGAGAAGCUGGCGUCACUAGAGGGCAGCAUCGAGCAGCGUCUGAAGUGGGCCGGCGGCGCCAACCCAGCUCUGGCGCCGGUGCUGCAGGACUUCGAGAUGACAAUCAGGGAGCGGCGGGCCGUGGUGGCCCGGGAGAACCAGCGCACCAGCCAGGUCACCUUCCUGUGCUCCACCAUCCUCAACUUCGAGGGCCUCCGGACCCGCUCGGCCGAGGCACUGAACAUGGAUGCGGCGCUGUUCGAGCUGCUGAAGCGCUGCCAGCAGACCUGCAGCUACGCCGCCCAGUUCAGCAGCAGCGUGUCUCCGCUGGAGCUGCAGCUGCUGCACCGCCUGACGCCGCUCCUGGACCUGCCCAUCGGCAGCCCCGACUGGCUGAGCUGCGCCCGCCGGCAGCUGCAGGACGACCUGAGCGGCGCACAGAGGAACCAGGAGGAGCGCGAGCAGCAGCUGGAGUCGUGUGGGGAGACGCUGCAGCUCCUGGUGGACUCCAUCAAGAACAUCCUGUCCAGCCACAACCGGCAGCUGGCCGACGUCAAGCACCUGCUGCGAGCCAUGGCCAAGGACGAGGAGGCAGCGCUCUCGGACGGUGAGGAUGUGGCCUACGAGGGCAGCGUGCGCCACUUCCUGUCUGAGUACAAGGCCUGGCAGGACAACGUGCAGCUGGUCCUGUUCACUGUGAUCCAGGCCAGCGGGCAGCCGCGCAGCCCGGAGCAGCUGGAGCUGCUGGAGGACGUCCCGGCCACACUGAAGGAGCUGCACGCCCAGAGCCAGAGCGUGUACAACGGUCUGGUGGGCUUCGCCUCGCCGCUGGUGACCGACAGAGAUGGAGAAUGUUCCAGUCCUGUUUCAGCGGUGCAGACGAGCUUCGCGGCAGCCGUGCGGUGCAGCGGGGUCAGGACCCAGUCGGAGUCCAUGUCCCAGAACACGCGCAAGCUCCUGCCUCGGAACCUGGGCACGCCGGCCGACACGCCGCCCAGCAGCACCCUGGCCGUCAGCAGCAAGGGCCUCAACCCGAGUCCCAAGAGAGCCGUGCGGGACCCCAAAACAGGACGAGCCGUCCAGGAGAGGAACUCGUACGCCGUCAGCGUGUGGAAGAGGGUGAAGGCCAAGCUGGAGGGCCGGGACGUGGACCCCAACAGGAGGAUGAGCGUCUCCGAGCAGGUGGACGUGGUCAUCAAGGAGGCCACCAACAUGGACAACCUGGCCCAGCUGUACGAGGGCUGGACCGCCUGGGUGUGAGCCGGACGCCGCUUCCUGUCUUUGGUCCAGUGACGGCUUGGAGAUCCACCUGAGUCCAGAGGGUCUGGGGCUGCGGGGUAGCAGCACCGGACCACACCGGGGGAGGAGCAAGAGGAGAGCGGAUGCUUCGCCCGCCCGACCGUGGGGCAGCGCCCCCCCCCGUGCACCUCCCACCCCCCCAACAUCGGCCCUGCGGCUGACUCUACGCUUCGUGGGUCCGUGGCCCCCGCUUCCUUUCUGGGGUUUGCCGAGCUGCGCCGACCGGGGGAGGGGGGAAGGCCCGCCCAACAUCGCCGCUCUUGCCCACCACGACGCCACCCAUGGAGCCGACCGGACUCCCGCCCAGGGCCGGAGGCGGCGGCGCUCGUGGGCGGGACUCAGAUGGGGGCUUUUUCAUGGCCGCCAUUUUCUUCAGACUUUUUUCCCCGCUCGAUCGACGGCGACGACGGCGGGACGUGAGGGAAACUCUCUGAUGGACAGAGGAUGUGACUGAAGGGUUUGUGGGACAGGACGAGCGGAGGAGCGCCGGCUCCCUCCCGAGCGCCAGUCUGUGUUGUGUCUUUGGUUCAUGUGAGUAGACCUUCGCCUCCUUUGCUCCCUCCGACGCUUGCGUUUUAUUAACCUUGGAUUUCUAGUUUUACCUUUUUUAGUGGGAGAAGUGCUUCGUGGUGAUGGUGCAACUGUUUUAGCUUUUAUUGGAUUUUCUUUAAUUGUCAAAUAAACGUGGAACUGAGCGACGCCUCUGGAUUUCAUCCCAAACAUUUGCACCUCUCACACACUCGGACUCCAACAUGUGCAUCUCUCAAUGAUGCCUGUGCUUUGUUCACGCUUCCUCACUUUUGACCCAAGAAAAGAAAAGGGACCUUUUUUUUUCUUUGUAAUCUAAACCGAUCAAGGUUAAGUUUCCAAUUUAUAUUAUGUUUUUAUUACAUUUAUCAUUACAUUUAUUUAUUCCAUUUUUAUGAAAGAUGUAGUUUUUUUUUCUCCUUGUGAUUUUAGUUUUCCUAAAUUCCAUCUUUGU